AUGAGUUGGUCCGAUCCUGCAAGAGUAUUCUCUCACACGUGUGACAAGAUCGCACAUAUUUCCCGUGCGACGAAGCAGUGGGAAGACGGAGAGAGGAUAUUGAAAAUCAGUCGAGCAAAGGUCGAAGAGUGGAGGAAUGGAGAGAGCUAAAGCGAUCGUCUUUCUUCUUCUUCUAAAUCUCCUACCAUUUCUUGGAGCCUUUUCUUCCCUUCCUCCCAAAAAUACUCAGGUGUUAGAAGAAGCUGUUGCUGCAAGAACUCUUAAACAAGAUCCAGGGCACAGUCCUGAAGUACAUUGUUCCAGAGAAAGGAGUCGGGCAGCCUGGAAAAUUAUUGAGGAGUAUUUAACACCAUUUGUGGAGCAAGAACAGUAUCAAAUCUCAAGUAAGUGUAGGCUUCAUGCUGACAAUGACAUGUUCAGAGAGCAAGAGCAGCACAAGAUUCACAUGGAUAUAAAUGAAUGGCGUUGUGGGUUCUGUAAGAAAAGCUUUCGUGCAGAGAGGUUUCUUGAUCAGCAUUUUGACAACAGGCACUACAAUCUACUGAAUGAUAGUCAAGGCCAGUGUUUGGCAGAUUUAUGUGGUGCGUUGCACUGCGACCUAAUUAUGGAGUCGAAGUUGGUAAAGAGUAAAUGCAAUCCCGCAGCUGCUGCGAGGAAUCGCCAUCUUUGUGAGAGUCUUGCUGAUAGUUGCUUUCCCAUCAACACAGGACUGUCAGCUAGCCGACUUCAUGAAUUUUUCCUGCGCCAAUUCUGUGAUGCCCACACUUGUACCGGAAGACAGAAGCCUUUUGCCAUAGGAGGCAAGAAGCAAACAAAUGUAUUCUACUUUGCCAUUUGUAUACUGACUUUGAUGAUGCUGCCUAUUUUCUAUCUCAUUGUUUAUUUGUACCGAAGAGAAAUGAAUAAAGGUGUCCAAGACCUGAAGCGAAUUUCAAAAACAGGCCGCAAGACAAAACCUUCUUAGUUGGGCUAUAAGCAUGACCAUGGAUUUGUAGCCAUCAACAAGAAUGACACAUAGGAGUUCACUACUUUGCUGAAGGGGUGCAAAACCAUUGGAGUAAAGUGGAUCUAUGAUACUACGACAAAAGGAAGAAUUGAAAAGUAUGAGACUGGGUUAGUUGCGAAGGGCUAUAAGCAAUGCCAAAGAAUUGAUUAUGAAGAGGUGUAUGCACUAGUGGCAAGGAUCAACAUGAUCAGGCUGGUUAUUGCUCUUGUUGCUCAGAAUGGAUCAUUGUUUUGAAUAGUGCCCAUAGCGUGGUUAAAACGCUACGUAGUGUUAGCAAAUAGCAUAAAUCCCUUGUAGCGUACGCUAUAGGGGCCAUAGCAUAUGCAUAGCAUAUAUAGCAUAUGUGUAGCGUAUGUAGUGUCGUUGUGUCUGUAGCGUAUGUAGCAUGCGCGUAGCGUGUGUAGCCUUUUUUUAAUAAAUGGUAAUUGUAGUUUGUAUUUUGUACUUAAUACUCUCAACCUGUGGGAUUUGAAUUUCUUUUCAUAAUUGUGACUUGUGGUUUCAAUUAGACAUUAUUAAUUAUAGUUUGCUUAAAAAGUUGUUGAUGUGAUAAUAAUUUGAUUUGGUUUAUGUAUGUGAAUUGGCUUUUGAUAAAUGAUGAUUAAUAACUUGUUUGAACAUGCUUAUACUUGAAA